CGAAAUCCUCCUCUUUGCUCUCUUCGCGCUCCUGUUCAGUCUCAGUAGCAGCCAAAACCAGAGUACAGCAGUAUACGCACUGGGACAUUCUCCUUAAAUCUCUUCCUUGGUUCUUGAACAAGUGAGCGGUCCUGCGGCGCCUCAAUUUUGAGCCUAGCGGCAUGCGGACGAUGGAUAUGGGAAGCCAAGUAUUGUUUUCGACACUGGCUUGGCAAAUCUGAUCGGAUUUUCUUGGGACUGAAAUUGGGACAAGUAAUGUAUUCUACCGCCUGCUCUUUUGGAUGUUCCCACGGCUUUCUUAAUUGGGGCAAAGUCACACUGCACCACGUGAUGCUUGUCGAGGAUGGAUCGCGGCUACCUUAUAUGCAGUAAUCUCUCUGAGUCAGGUGCAGAGCACACACCAAUUUCCCAGGUUGUUAGUCG